AAAUACACAGAAGGAGAAGACUGCAGCUUGCAAUAAUCUGUAAAUGAUUGCUGGCAAAGUCUAGAGGCUUCAAGCUUGAUCUGUGUUUGUUCCAAAAGAAAGCCAAGGAGGACGGUGUUAAUAAAGAGAGAUUUAACUGAGAGCAGUGCUUGGAAUAAAGUGGGCUACAAAAAGGUCAAAUCUGAUCAGUUGGAGCAGAUUACAAGGGCUUUAAAAGGUAGUGGUGGAGAAAUGAAACUCGGACCGUGAAGCAAUAUAGCACAAGAUUGAUUUUGGGGGUGGAGAGAAACUGGGACAAGUGCUUAUCAGCUUGCGAAGUAGGAAGAGCUGUGCUGGGGCUGUUUUCAUUCUCACGCUGAGUAGAGUACUCUGCUGCUUUUUGUGGUUAGCCUUCUCUUCAGUGUUUUUAUUAUUAUUUAAAUACAAUGGUUUCUAUAAUCUCUGAACUGGAUCCACUGAAAGGCUGGAAAGUUUUAAGAGAGACUGCCACAGAGUUAGCUGGAACAUUACCAAGUAACGGCACAGCUAACAAGAUGAAUGGAGCUUUGGAUCACUCAGACCAACCAGACCCAGAUGCCAUUAAGAUGUUUGUUGGACAAAUCCCACGUUCAUGGUCGGAAAAAGAGCUAAAAGAACUUUUUGAGCCUUACGGAGCUGUCUACCAGAUUAAUGUUCUCCGAGACAGGAGUCAGAACCCACCCCAAAGCAAAGGUUGUUGUUUCGUAACAUUUUAUACAAGAAAAGCUGCACUUGAGGCACAGAAUGCACUGCACAAUAUUAAAACCUUACCUGGGAUGCAUCAUCCUAUUCAGAUGAAACCCGCAGAUAGUGAAAAGUCCAAUGCUGUGGAAGACAGAAAAUUGUUCAUAGGAAUGGUUUCGAAGAAGUGUAAUGAGAAUGAUAUCAGGGUGAUGUUUUCUCCAUUCGGCCAGAUAGAAGAAUGCCGAAUUCUUCGGGGACCUGACGGGCUGAGCCGAGUGCACAGCAUCAAUAUGGAAUCUAGCAGAGGCUGUGCGUUUGUUACAUUUUCUACAAGGGCAAUGGCACAGAAUGCAAUCAAAGCCAUGCACCAGUCUCAGACCAUGGAGGGCUGCUCUUCGCCUAUAGUAGUGAAGUUUGCUGAUACCCAAAAGGAUAAGGAGCAGAGGCGUUUACAACAGCAGUUGGCACAACAGAUGCAACAGCUCAACACUGCCACUUGGGGGAACCUCACAGGCCUUGGAGGACUCACACCGCAGUACCUAGCUCUUCUGCAGCAAGCAACUUCCUCCAGUAACUUGGGUGCCUUCAGCGGCAUUCAGCAAAUGGCUGGCAUGAAUGCUUUACAGUUACAGAAUUUGGCAACCUUAGCAGCCGCAGCAGCCGCCGCCCAAACCUCAGCUACCACCACCAAUGCAAAUCCUCUCUCCACAACGACUGGUGCGCUGGGAGCCCUCACAAGUCCCGAACUUGGAAGUUGUGUAGUGCAUGAGGCAGGGGACUGCAUGAAGAGGAAGGACAGUCUCAUGAUUAGGGCAGUUGAAUGCUGCCCUGGAGAACUGGAAUCUAUCCCUGCCCUGCCAAACUACGUGAUGCUGGUGGCUGCGUCAACUGCUAAUUCCACGGCUGGUGCGGCCAUGAAUUCUUUGACUUCUCUGGGUACUCUCCAAGGAUUGGCUGGAGCCACUGUUGGACUGAAUAAUAUUAAUGCACUAGCAGUUGCUCAAAUGCUCUCAGGUAUGGCGGCCCUGAAUGGAGGACUUGGCGCAACAGGCUUGACGAAUGGUACAGCAGGCACAAUGGACGCCCUCACCCAGGCCUACUCAGGAAUUCAGCAGUAUGCUGCAGCAGCACUGCCAACAUUGUACAGUCAGAGUUUGUUACAGCAACAGAGUGCUGCAGGCAGCCAGAAAGAAGGUCCAGAAGGGGCAAACCUCUUUAUUUACCACCUCCCCCAGGAGUUUGGAGACCAGGACAUUCUGCAGAUGUUCAUGCCCUUUGGGAAUGUUAUCUCUGCUAAAGUCUUCAUUGAUAAACAGACCAAUCUGAGCAAGUGCUUUGGUUUUGUUAGCUAUGACAAUCCAGUCUCUGCGCAAGCUGCUAUCCAGGCUAUGAACGGCUUUCAGAUUGGCAUGAAACGCUUGAAGGUUCAGCUGAAACGCUCCAAAAACGACAGCAAACCUUACUGAUCUUAACCCCAGAUGCUCACUGCUCUUGUUUUAGCUUUCUUAGGGUAAGUCCCAUGAGCAAACCUGCCCUUCUGCAGGGGGGAGGGGGGCUAAGGAAGAACAUAUUGCCAACCUUCACCAAGAGACAAUUAUUUUUACAGUUAUCGCUUCCAUUUCCCCACUCACCACAAGUAAACUUGGCUGCUGUUUCCAGGCCAAGUAAUUACUGAGUUGUGUUACUGUAUUUUAUUUUGCGACAUAAUUUAUCUCCUUUUUUUUUCUUUUUCUUUUUUUUAAAGAAAUGAUAUCUUAAGAAUUAAAAGCGACAAAAAAAAAAAGGUGCAAUUUAACUCUGUGAACCCUGGUGCCAUUAGCACACUUAGGGGAAAUAAAAGCUGUUUUGUAUGUAUGGACCCAAUCUUAUCAGGUGGCACCAGCAGUUUAUAGGUUAAACAUAAUGGUCUUAUGCCAGCAGAAGCACUUAUUGUGAGACAAUGACAACAAAAAGUCUUUACACUACAUUGGUUUGUUUUUGAAAAUGAUUUUUAGUUUUGUUUUUUUUGGGGUUUUUUAGGGGUUCAAAUCAACAUAACAUUCUAUUAGUCUGAUAUUACACUGGUCGUCUUUAUAUUUCACUUUUUUUUAAGUUUUCUUUAGUUUUUUGGAAAGGAAUAAUGUAAAAAAGAUUUAGAGAUCUGUUUCUAAAGCUACAGGGUUUAAAAUAAAAAUAAAAUAAAAUAAAAUGAGUGACGAUACUUGAUGUUUCUUGAAAGAUAAAUUUAAUAAUAAUAAAUAAAUAAAAAAGAAAGCCACAGGCCUGUAAAUUUUAUUUGUAAAAAGCAUUUCUAUUUUUAUACAAAAUUUUUACUGCCUCAGAAAUAAUGGAAGUUAUUUAUUGCCUAUUGUUAACUUAUUGGAUACCUAAAGAGCAGCUCUCUAUGCUAGCUAGAUCCUUUGAAGUAGUCUCUAGAGUAAUUGUGCCAAGAAUGGGCGCUUUUUCACCGUUGAACCCUACAUCCUUUACAGUUCAUGCCUUUAUCCUCUUGUUUGUACUUGUCUGGUUAUUUUGUUUGUAGUUUCCAUUUUCUAGUUUAAAGUUCAGUUUCUGACUUUUUUCUUCUCCCUACCCCUUAUGUUACAUUUGUUGAAAAUGGUUCUUUCUUCUCUCCUCCCCCCAAAGAUGAAUCCAUCUUUUCUAACGCUUUUCAGAUGGAUUCGUUUGGGGUUUCAUUGUGCUGUUGUUGAUGAGUAUUGUAAGUUAAUGCAAAUUAUGUGAAUGGCUCAUAGACUCUAAUGAUGAAAGAUUUGCAUUAGUUUUCUCCUGCACCCAUAAAAGUGAUUUUGUUUCUGCUGCAUAGAUUCUAUGUAACUUUUUUCCUCUUCCUUGUUUUUUCCCUAGACAUCUCCAUGCCCGUUAGUUCAUCGUUUGCCUAGCAUGUCCCUGUGGCGUCUAAAAAAAAAAAAAAGUUUCAUCGUCCCGUCAUUGUUUCUGAUGUCUUUCUGACCUCACAUCAUAUUUGGUUCUCCUACUGACCUUUGAUCUAGUUUGACCUUUGAAAUUUGCAUGUGACCUCAUCUAGCUAUGAAUUCUGGGAAGUCAAUGUGAAAAAACAUUGCUGCAUUCAUGCAAGACUGAAAUUUAUUAUUAGACAAAUUAAUGAUAGGGUUUAAAACAAAAAAAAAAAACAAACCUGUGGCAAAAAUGUUUUUGCUUGCUUUCUUUUUUUUUUUCUUUCUUUUUUUUUGUUUUCCUUUUCCAAAAAUAAAUAAAUAAAUAAAAUAACAGACUUGAAAGUAUUAUACAGGGAUUGGCAUUCUGCCUGGUCACUGGUGACAAUAGCAAUAUGUGUCCAGAGGCACAGAAUGUUGGUUUCUAACAGACUACUUCCAAAACAGUUUGAGAAAAAAAACUGUCUGAUUUUAAGUCUCUAGAGGUCUGUAAUAGUUUUUACAUUUUUCAGGCAGUGUAAAGUUUUUUGAUAAGGCCAUUUUAGGUGGCUCACUUUCUCAUUAAAAUAUAUAUAUAGAACCACUUUUUGUAGAUUAGUAUAAGAAAAUAUUUACCCUGUUUUAGGGCAAAUGCUACCUAUUUGUGUCACCUUUUGCUGAACUGACUCACAGUUAGACAAUCCAUGGUUUAAUGCACAUGAAAUUACCUAUAUUUUAUACUGUUUCAAUGUACAGGAGAAAGGUUACUGUAAAGUGUGUUACGUUGGUGCUUCUGUGAAUUAAGUUGUGGUUUCAUCAUGAGUCUUAUGGUCUUAAGUGUUCUGUGUUUAUAAAAGACAAGUUUGAAAUUGGUUUACUUGAACAACAACAACAAAAAAUGAGUUUUAAAAAAAAGUUGUUUGCUUAAAAAAAAAAAUUUCAUGUGAAGAAUUAAAAACUAUUCCAGAAUAAGUUUGUGUUGGCUUGUGACGCAUUGAUGUCAUUUUUUUAUUGUGGACAAUUUAGAUGUGUUUGUGUUCAGCAAAAUGUGAUCGGUUUUUCUUUUAAAGAAAAAAAAUCAGUGAAAAUAUAGUGCCAAAUUCCAAAGGUACUUUCUUCCUAGAGCUUCAGUGUGUUUCUUGUGUGAAGUAAUUUGAUAACAUGGGUAUUUUAUUAUGUGUUUUGUAUAAAUCCCUAAUAUUUAAAGAAAAAAAAGAGGUUAAAAAGUUUGUUAACUUGCUAUCCUGUGGUCUUGUUGCCUGAAAUUGUUAUUGUUUGUUAUUUCUCUUUGAUGUUUUUUGUAAAACAUUGUAUAAGUGCCCAUGUUUCACUUUUUUAACCACUCUGCACAUCAAUGCUGUGAAAGCAAACCUCACAAUGUAUUUUCUUCAUAAUGUAUGGAAACCUCUAAGGUGAGAAAGUUUUGAACUUUUAACCCUUUCCACCCAGAGCUGUCUUGAGUGUUAAUACCUUUUAUACAUUCACCAUUUUGCUGUUUAUUUUUAUAUAUAUAUCUAUAUAUAUAAAUAUAUAUAUAUAUACUUAGUUUUUUGUGGUUUAUUUAAUACAUGGUUGAAAUCAGAAAAAUGCACAGGGCAGAUCUGAAGGACAAAAAAUUAUUUUACUGCUGUCUAAAUUUCUUCUGUAUCUAUAACUAAAAUUAUUUAAAACCGUAACUAACUUGUGGUUUUCCUUUUUAGAUUUUGGGUUUUUUUGUUUUUUCUUAAAGAGCUUUUAAUAUGCUGCUGGAAUAUGCUAUUCAGUAUUAAUAAAUAAAAUAAAAUAAACAAUUCUUAAUUAUCUAUUGUGUGAGCCACUCCCAGACUGGAGUGGUUAUUCCACCAUUUGAAAACAUUGAGGAGAAAAAACAAUAUUUUUGUAAUUAAAUAAAUGAACUUUUUCUUAAAUCAGAUGCACUAGAUCUUCCUGGGUGAAAAUUCAAUGUGUACUGCAGUUAAACUACUUUUUAUGGAUAAAGUUUACAUAUGCUGUAACGCUUGGUGUUAUCUGCCAUUAUUCGUAUUGACAAUGUAUGGGCCCAAUCCUACAGACACUCACCCAAGUAACUUUACUUGCGCCAGUAGUCAAUAGAAUAUGUAUGUUACUUAUGUGGUUGUUUGCUGGAUUGAGCCCUAUGCACAGAACCCGAAAAGAGAUGCUGGUAGCCUUUUCACUGCCUUUUAAAUUUGACUGGAUUGCAUGUCUACAGCACAAGUAGCCACCAGUGACCAAAUUCGGUUCUUUACUACUAGAAAAUAGAAUCCAUUGCCAAUUCAAUGCAUGUGAGCAGCAGUACCUGCUUCUGAUAACUAAGUGCCAUAUCUUCUUCCAUUAUCUAUUCCUAUUUGGUUAUAUUCAAAGCCUCUACAAUUAAAAGUGAAGCCCUAUAUGAACAGCAUAAAGACACAGGUGGCGCACUCUGUCUCUCGUCCCCAACUUUGCUUAAAUGCUCGUUUAUGUAGAAGCCCUGGGAUGGAAAGGACUAGCCUCUAGUGAUGCAAAAAAGUUCCCUCCUUGUAGCACAUGCACUUAUAACUAAAAGAUCUAUAUUAUUCUCACAUGUUUUUACUACUGCUGAGGCCUUCCUGCACCCUUUGAGGGCUAUUUUGUAAUUCUUGCAGCAAUUUUGCUUAUUCAAAGUAUCAUCACACAUUAUAUUAUAUAUAUGCACCUAUAUAUAUAUAAUAUGAUAAUAUAAUCUGAUUUUUUUUCUGUUUCACUAAUUCUUCUCAUUUUAUCCACCAUAUAAAUUUCCAGUGGUUUUUCAACGCAGCCGCCCCAGUGCGAACUGCAGGUUUAGAGUCCAGUUAGAAUGUUAGCGUUAAUAUCCUAGAAUCCCAGCUGCUGUAAACUGGCAGAGCUUCGUAUACUUCAGAAGACGUCCCACCCUACCCCCAUGAUUUAUACCAACCGAGGAUCUGGCCCAGCAUUUUUAGCAGGGACUGUUUCUAUGUUUUCAGGUGACAACUGUGGGUCAUUGGGGGAAAAGUUUGCCUUUAUAAAUAAUAAUAUAAACUUUAUUUUUAUUAUUAUCUCCUUAGAGACAAAUUAUCUCCCAGUUCCCUUUCAAAAUAUUGAAAGGAAAAAAGCUGCAAGGGUGCAAAGAGCCUAAUAAGAAAGGAAGAAAAACAAGGGAAAUUGCUUUCCAAAAUUCUAAUCAAAGGAACUAACCAGUAGUUUUUCAAACAAAUUAGCUAAUUGCAAUGAAAUGGCAGUCCUCAAAUGACUAACAAGUUCAUCUUUCUUUCACCAUAGGGGUUAUAGUUCCUUGGCUUGUGCUAUUCUGAAAUCAUAUUACUGUUUCUGUUUUUAUUAUCUUAAGUGCUAAUUAACAAAAGGAAAAAAAAACCUGUAGUUUCAUUACCUUUUGGAUAAUGUCAUACAAAAAAACCUAUGUAUUUGUGUUUUGGGUUUGGGUUUUGGGUUUAUUUUUUUUUCGUGCUGUGAGAAUUGUUGUUUGUAGAUUAACAAUACUAUUAUUUUGUUUAGAAUUACAAACUAAUUUUUAAGUAUUGUCUGAGAGAAGCCAAAGUUAAUGCAACUUAGUGGAAACUGUAAGACCAUUUGAGUAUUGUUUCUGUUUUAUUGAUGCAUUUGGAUUUUGUUGUGUGAUGGAAUUUGAGCCAAAAAAAAAAUAGGCUUUCCUAUUUCUACAACUUGAUUGUACUUAUGCAUUUUGUACCAGUGGAACUUUUUAUACUGGAGAUUAAAAAUCAAAUGGAAUUUUUUGUGGCUUACUCUUGUGGGCCCCCUGACCACGACUGAUUUUCGAGUUUGAUUUCUGGUUGGUAGAAAGAGAGUUGGUUUUGUUUAGAGAAUUAAAAACUUUGGCUUGCUAUCUUUUUUUCCUUUUGCUUAUAUCUAGUGUUUAGAAUUUUGUCUUUUAAAAAAAAAACAAGCGGUAAGUUUCACUUUUUAUUCUGUAUUGUGCAGUUACACAAUAAGAUAAUUAGAAUUAGGAGUACUCGGUCACUUUACGUGGAUAAAUGUAUUAGUUACAACUUUAGGGGUUUGCUUUUUUGCUGUUUAGAUCAAAGUUUUUUCUGAUUCUUCUGUCCUCAUUGUGAACAUAACCGUGUAGUUGAAACAGUCAGACUUAUUUUUGUAAUGUAUGUUAUUGUGUGAUGCAGUUUUUUGCUUCUGUCUCCAAUAUUAAACCAUUUUCCUAAUACUUGUCUCUCUCUUUGUGUGUUGUAUUGUUGGUGGUCAUUAUGUGUUGGUAAUACAUCUACACACCUCACUGUUUCACGUCCCUGUUUUUUUUUAUUUUUUCCUAUUUGUUGUGUACAGAUACAGUCGAUUCCACCUAAGUGAAUAUCUGAUUGGGGGAUGAAAGAGGACUUGCACACUUAAGCUGUCUUCGGUUUAUUUUACAUUUUUCCCCUCCCCUAGUGUUUUGUCACUUUGAUAAUCUGAGCAGGAGAUCGUUUUAAAUAUCUAUCUGCAAAGUCAUGUUAAAGGUGGCUUUUGUUAGUCUUCUGACCACAAAAGCUGAUACACACAAACACACACAAACAGAGAAAUGUGAGGCUAUGUGAAAAGUUUUUUUGCUUUGCUGUUUCAAUCAGUCUAGAUGAAGUGGAUUACAGAGAUCAAUUCAAGUGAUAUUUUUUUUAAAAAUGGCUGUGCUACUGCUUUGCAGAGGCAUCUGAAACAUACAAGAAAUGGAGGCUAUAGCCCUGAGAUUUCUUCCAAACUGUACAGUAAUCUGGUGGCAUCUGGUGUUUAUCAAAGACUCCUUAAAAACUAAUCACAAUUUAACUAGAGUUAUCACAGACUGAGAAAAAUCUACCAGGUGAAUAAGCUUGUUAUAUAUAGUAUAUGUAUAGAUAGAAAAACAUAAAUAAAGCUAAGUGAACCCAAGCAGAGCUUUUAGCUAUUAAAGCCAAUAGAAGUAAAACAUUUUCCCCAAGUGCGCAAAUGGGCUGUUUUUUCCUUGGGUGCUUACAAAGUGGAUCUUUCUCAGCACUGCAUAUUAAAACAUCAAAUCUCCAUGCAAAAAAGAAAUAUGAUAGCAGGGGGCAGGGGUUGGCUCACGAGAAUCACUCCACUGUCCCUUGGACUGGUGACCAAUAGAAUCAAAUAAAAUCUGCAAAGGAAAAUAAAUGCUGCCGUGGUUCGCAAAGUCUCUCUUCACUCUUUUGUCUGAUCACAGAUAUAAAACUUUAAAAUUUGGAGAGUAAAAUAAUCCCAUGGGAUGAGGAAAAAGCACUCCGAAGUGUUCUCUGGAACUCAAGCCAUAUCCCCCAUCCCCUUCCCUUUGUCCCACUCUCUCUCUCUGAUGCUCAGGAAUCGAAGACCACUUUAAAGUGCUCUUAUGAGACCCAAACAACACUCCUCCCUCUUGUAUCCUCUUUUCCGGUCUCUCUGAUGCUCUGGCUUUGGCUCACACACACACAAACAGACCCGAAACUAACAUCCUAUUCAGAAGGUCAUGGCGUACUGAGUGUUUCCUUAAGGUUUUGGCAGCUAUGUUGGCUCCUGUGCUUGGAACAGUUUUGAAAUUUUCUGGCUCAUGAGUUGGCCUCGUUUUGCUUUUAAUUUAUUUGUCUUUCUCAUUGUUUUUCUUUCUUCUGUGAGCAUAAAAGGCAAGUGGGGCAUGAGUUCUGGAGCCCCAAGCAAGCUGAAGUUGUCAUCUACGGGCUUCAUUGUCAGAGUUCAAAUUUCUAGCAAACACCUCCUAUGCGGCUCUGCUUUUAAGCUAAAAUUACAGGGGCCUGUAGGGGACAAUCUUGCUCUGGGAGCUGAAGGAUACUCUGGAUGACCUAAUAGGUGUUUUACAUCUCUUGAGUCUAUGAUGCUGAUUCUGAUAACAUUUAUGCAGUGAUUUCAACUGAGUAAAUCCUGAUUUACACCAGUCUGUGAUCAGAAUUGAGGCCUAUGUUUUUAAGUCAUUGUAGGUGGUGCUUUUGAAACUCAUCAGUUUGCUGGUAGGGAAAAUCAAGUUGAGUUCAAGAUCUUUUCUUCUGAACACAAUUUAAUUAAAAAGAUCCAAUGUUACAGUUAAAAAAAAAACACACACACCUCAUGAGGACAAAAAUCCCUAGUUCUUUACCAAAAAAAAAAAAAAAAUCCACCAACCAUGGGGGGAAAUGAAUGAGUUGUGUGAAGCCAUGCAGCUGUACAGUUUGUCCUGCUUAAAUGCAUGCUUUUAAUUUCAAUGAAGUCAGGCACCUUGCAGUGUUAGCAAAAUGUCUCUUUGUCAGCUGUAGGUGUAUCACCAUGGGAAAUUACCAAACUGUCACAAGACUUGCUGAUGAAAAAAUACCCCGCCAGAGGAUGUGUGCCUUUGCCCAGUUUGGUUCUUAGGUAUUACGCUAGGGGAAAACAAUUUAACCAACAAAAUGUACUGUGAAUCAUUCCUGAUAAGUGAAUAAAGCAUUGUGCCCAAGCAAUCAGAUUAUUCACUUAUCAGGAAUCGACUGUACUACUAGCUCGCUUGACUGUUUUUGUUCCUCAUCUCUGUUGUAGUUUCACUACUUUGCCGUGUUCUGUUUUUCCUCUCUCAUGCUCUAGCAAAAUCACUGGGAGUAUCCCUUCGUGUGACCAUGAAACAUGCUACUGAGUGAAAAAAUUAUAUCGUAACAAAAUCUAUGCACUUGCUAUCAGGAACACAAUACUGGAUGUGUCUUAUAUAUAUUGAACUAUAAUAGUAAUCGAUUUCUUAAAUAAAGCUUAAGAAAGGA